AUGUUAAAGGUUGUUCCUACUGAUUGCAGUGAAUGCCCCAUCUGCUUAGAAGAGUUCCGUGUUAGGAAUGAGGUUCGUGGCUUGCCUUGUGCACACAAUUUUCAUGUUGAAUGCAUUGACGAGUGGCUCAGGCUGAAUGUGAAAUGUCCUCGGUGCCGUUGCUCAGUGUUCCCAAAUCUUGAUCUUAGUGCCCUGUCCAAUCUCCGUCCAGAUUCUGAAAGAUCUUCUGCCAGUGUUGUGACAACAACUAGCUAUCAAGGGAACAAAAUGGGAUUGCCACCAAAUAUGUCAGAAGCACAUACAAUCAAUGGAAAACCAGGACCACUAUUUCCUUGUUUUGAAAAGCAUACAUUUGCAAUGGAGGUAGAGCAAGGGAAGAAAUACCUCAUGAGAAUCAUCAACGUUGCACUCAACGACGAGCUUUUCUUUGCCAUUGCGGGUCACAACAUGACAGUAGUGGAGGUUGAUGUUGUUUAUACAAAACCAUUCACCACUCAGGCCAUACUAAUUGCUCCUGGUCAAACCACAAAUGUUCUGGUUCGUGCCAACCAUGUUGCUGGCAGGUACUUCAUGGCUGCCAAGGCUUUUAUGGAUGCUCCAGUUUCAGUUGACAAUAAAACUGCUACAGCUAUAUUUCAAUACAAAGACAUACCAAACAUUGUCCUACCCGUCCUUCCACAGUUGCCAGCUAGCAAUGACACGGGUUUUGCUUUGAGUUACAACAAGAAAUUGAAGAGUUUGAACUCUGCUAAGUUCCCUGCAAAGGCUCCUCUCAAAGUUGAUAGAAACCUCUUUUACACUAUUGGUUUAGGGAAGAAUUCUUGCCCUACAUGCCUCAAUGGAACCCGGUUUCUUGCUUCCAUAAGCAAUGUAUCUUUUGUGAUGCCUCAAAUUGCGCUUCUCCAAGCUCACUACUUCGAUAUCAAGGGUGUUUUCAGAGCUGAUUUUCCUGAUCAUCCUCCAACUCCUUUCAACUAUACCGGUGCACCAUUAACAGCCAAUCUCGCAUCUUUAACAGGCACAAGAGUAAACAAGAUUUCCUUCAAUUUUACCGUGGAGCUGGUUUUGCAGAAUACAAAUCUCCUCAUAGUAGAAUCACAUCCAGGCCUUUGA